AAGAAGAAUGCUGCAGUGAACAAAAGAGAAGGUCGGUGGUUUGAGCGAGUGUUUUCGAUUUUCGGAUUUUCGUCUCGGAACGCAGCAUCAGCACAUUGAGAGAGGAAGAAAAGGAAAAGUUGGUGUAGUUCAGUGUUCGCCGCAGUUCCGUGAUACAACCCGCGCGGGGAUUCGGGGUCAAGUACAGUGAAUAUCUGCGUCUCGACCCGAUCGGUGUCGCCCUACCACCACUCCCGGUUCCCAGACUCCCACAGUUGAAGAUGUCCGCGACCGCGGUGAAGCUUCAGAAUGGAUCCGAGCCGUCCAAGAAGUCGGUCAAGGUUGUCGAACCGGCCAAGGACAAGGCUCCGGCGUCCGCGACCGCUCCAACCCGUAAGCAAGGCACUCCGGUACGAAAAACGGCGGCGGCCAACCACGACACCAACCACGCCAAACGGUCCCGUUCGCCCGAACCCAACACCUCUUCGUCGUCGUCGUCCUCCUCCUCCGAGGAAACCGCCAGUAGUAGCACCCCCGCGAGCAGUAGCUCCACUCCGGCGGUUCCGGCGACCCCUCCUACCCCAACCACCACCAACCCCAAGGAACUGCCCACGAUCAAGGGCAGCGGCCCGAACGGGGAGUUGACCUUGAAGGACAUCCCCAUCUCGGGGAUCUCGUUCCAGGAGGUGUACAACCCGGAACACGAGGGCCCCCCCACCACCAAGGUCAUCAUCUACAAGCCCAAGUCCGGCAAGGGCCAACCGACGGCGAAAGUCAUUGUGACCAAGUCCAGCGAUGAUUGCGAAGCGAAUAGCGGUCGUGCGGUCGCGAUGAACAGUGAAAGUGGUUACUACGGUUUAAAAGGGCCCACGAUGGCGUCCUUCCAGCAGCAGCAUCAACCUCAAAUAGUGGCUAGUGAAAGUAAUUAUCAGCAGCAGCAUGGAGUUGGAGGCGGUGGCUACCCGCAGCCACCAAUGCCACCGAUAAGAAAUUACGCCGCGGCCAGCGAAGCUGGCGAGAUGGUGUACACAAAUCUACUCGGAGGAAGUCAUGUUAAUUACAAUGGCAGCACUUAUUACAACGGCGUCGGCGGCGGUGAGUUAAUUGAUUUAAGUGCAUCACAGUUGCAUCAGCCGCAGCAGCAGCCUCAGUAUCAUCAGCAGACGAAUCAACCGAGUCAGCAGCAGCAGCAUAAUGAUAUGUAUAAUGCCGAUAUCGAUUUCAUGAACAAUUAUUUAAAAAGCCUGCCCGAGUACGCGGCGGUGGCCUGUCCGAGUUCCUCGAUGCCGGUUGCACCGGCGCAGACCGCGACGGCUGCAGCAGCUCCUCCUCAUAUAAAGAGUGAAAAUUACCGCCACCAUUACGUCAACGACCCCUACUUUCAAUAUUACGACAGUGCAACGGCGAUGCAAGGCUACUACCCGAUUGCCAAGUCCAGCUCGUACCACGCGACGGGGGGUCAUCCCGGGUACUACAAUCCGUACCAGCAGCCGCAGCAGGUUCAGCCGACUCAACAGUCGUUUGUCCAGCUACCUCCCCACCACCAUCACCAUAAUCAGCAUCAUCACCACCACCACCAUCAGCAGCAACCCCAGGUGGAGGUUCUACCGCGAAGUACGUCGCACUCGUUGAUCCCGCGAGCCUCGGUCGAGAACAAGUUCAGUAAGAGUAGGGCAACGCCCGGUGAUAGCGCUGAAGCGGCUGGAGUUCCUACGGUGCCGUACGCGCCCAAGCAGUCCAGCAUGAGCAAGUUCUGGCAGGAGACGACCUCGAACAAGCCGGCCAGCGGGACCAAGUUCGGCUGGAACUACGACCGGAUCAUGGCCAAGACGAAAAAGGACGUCCAGAACAGCAUCAACGAGUACAAGAAGAACGUGACCAGCCUGCACAACCUGUACAGCAGUGCGGACGGCAGCGAGAGUCACAUCCCGGAGGCGAACACCCACUUCAAGCUGCGCAAGAACUACUCGUACUCGCACCUGGACAAGCACAUCCGGGACCACCUCACCGAGGAGGAGUUCCAGCGGCUGGUCAACGAGAGCGAGUCCAAGCCCAACUUCUACGCCAACCACUCGUGCAACUACGUCAAUCCCCUCUGCAAGAGCUACUCCAGCGGUACGAUGAGCUUCGGCCAGCCGUUCCUCCCACCUCCUCGACCUCUUCCCCCAAGCCAUCCUCCUCCGACGAGCCUCGCCAAAAGCAUCUCCAACACCUCCAUCCAGCGGAAACCCUCAAUAACCCUUCCCGACGUGGCGGCCUUCAUCCCGGCCCUCAACCUUGCCAAAAGCUCGUCCUCCUCCUGCAUCUACACCAAGGCCCUGAACCAACCCAACAGCAAAAAAUACAACCUCUUCACCCCCUACAAAAGCAUCAUCCCCGAACCCCCCGGCCUAUCCUCCCUCCCCCCGAACGACAUCAGCGCCACCAACAAAAUGAUCUCCAAAAACAACGCCCUCAUCAAGAAGAGCGCCUCCUUCCAACCCUUCACCAACACCAACACCCCGACCCGCCGGGGCACCUCCGACAACUUCUUCGUCAAGCAACACAUCCCGCCCGCGAGCAAGGUCGUCGUAGACUACCCGCCCUUCACCAAAAUCUCCUCCAUCCAAAUCCCCAUCAACGGUCACCUCCCUCCCGCCUUCCCCCGCGACCUCAACAACAACCAACAGGACUGCAUCAUCAACAUCGAAGACAACAUCGAACAAAGCAUAGCGGACAUCUACAACGUCGGCUACGACCAACCCCCCCUUCCCCCACAACCCCCCAUCCCCCUGGGCGUCUUCAAAAGCUACUCCCACUCCCGGCUCAACCCGGACGCCAAGAACUUCACCCCCAGCCGGUCACUCCACCCCCCAACCCCCACCACCAACCAACCCCCCCUCACCUCCCUGCCCAACAGCUGCAACGUGGCCGUCAGCGCCACCACCGUCUUCAACUCCACCGUCGAAGUUACCCCCACCUACGUCCCAGCCAAAAACAUCACCCUGUCCAAGUCCGCCACCCAGAUCGCGUCCUACGGCGACGACCCGGACGACGAGGACGACACCGUCGUCCCGUGCGCCUCCGACGACGAAGACGACGAGGAGGACGUCGACUACCUGGACGACGACGACGAAGAUGAAGAUCAGGACGCCGAAGGCGUCCUCUACGAGCACUGUCUCGACCAGUACUUCGUCCCGUCCAAGUCCGCCUCGGACCUCGGCGAGUGCUCCGGCGCCGUACACAACACCACACCGGCAGUCGCGAAGAUCCCCGAGGUGUUCACCAGCAACGCGGACAUCUUCCUCGAGGGGGGAAGCGAGGAGUUCCUGCUGGAUGACGUAACGGAGGCGGAACUGUACGCGGCGGCCGAUUCGGCCGACUCGUGCACGCCGGAACUGGAGGGUGUGGCAGCUGCGCUGCCCGCGGCAGAUGGGAUGGAGAAACAACCAUCCGUGAGGGAUGAUGCUGAUGGGCAUUUGAUUUACCACACUGGCGACAUUCUUCAUAACAGAUAUAAAAUCCUGGCCACCCUAGGCGAGGGUACCUUCGGCAGGGUGGUGAAAGUCAAGGAUAUGGAGAUGGAUCACACGAUGGCGCUCAAGGUGAUCAAGAACGUGGAAAAGUAUCGGGAAGCGGCCAAGCUGGAAAUCAACGCACUGGAGAAGAUCGCCGAAAAGGACCCAACGUUCCAACAUUUAUGCGUCAAAAUGCUGGAUUGGUUUGACUACCACGGCCACAUGUGCAUCGCGUUCGAAAUGCUCGGGCUGAGUGUUUUCGACUUUCUAAGAGAAAACAACUACGAACCGUACCCGAUGGACCACGUGCGGCACAUGGCCUACCAGCUGUGCUACGCGGUCAAGUUCCUGCACGACAACAAGCUCACCCACACCGACCUCAAGCCGGAGAACAUCCUGUUUGUGGACUCGGAGUUUACCACGUCGUUCAACAACCGGAAGAACCGCGAAGUGCGUCGCGUCAAGUGCACCGACAUCCGCCUGAUUGAUUUUGGCAGCGCCACGUUCGACCACGAGCAUCACAGCACGAUCGUGUCCACCCGUCACUACCGAGCGCCGGAAGUAAUCCUGGAACUGGGCUGGUCGCAACCGUGCGACGUCUGGUCGAUAGGUUGUAUAAUGUUCGAGCUGUAUCUAGGCAUUACGCUAUUCCAAACCCACGACAACCGAGAACACCUCGCAAUGAUGGAGCGUAUACUGGGUACAAUUCCGUACCGAAUGGCCAGAAAAACCCGCACCAAAUACUUCCACCACGGCAAGCUCGACUGGGACGAGAAGUCGAGCGCGGGCCGGUACGUGCGCGACCACUGCAAGCCGCUGCACCGGUACGUGCUGGCGGAGACGCCCGACCACCUGCAGCUGUUCGACAUCAUCCGGCGCAUGCUGGAGUACGAUCCCGCCAACAGAAUCACGCUGAGUGAAGCCCUCCGGCAUCCGUUCUUCGCGAAGCUUCCCGCGGCGCAGCGCCUGCACGAUAAGUUCAAGUACGCGGCGGCCGUGGUUAUCUCGAGCGUUAGCGUUAGCGCUAGCAAAAAGAAACUUCCCGGCAAACUGGCCCGCUCACAAUCGCUGGCAUUCAACUGUUUUUUCAAGUGAAUGCUCACGCACACUACAACAGUACAACAACAGCAACAACAACAACAACAAUGGCUUGACAGUUCUUCUCGCUGACCUUGGUGGGAUUUGUUACUUACUCUUAGCACUAGCGCGCUCAAUUGUUGUAAUUUACUUUCUUUUUUUAAUUUUAAGUCUUUAUUUAAAUAAUUUCCUGCUAUUGUUCUCUCCUCUUGAGAGUUUGGACACGCCACCUAGCUCACCAAACCCCUCUCUCCGCAAAUCCUAUUCUCUCUUCUCCCUUUUUACUCACACAUGCACAAACAGACACAGUAGAAUGAGCGACGCACGCUGACACUCACGCACACGCAUACAAGUGAGAACUUUUGAGUGCAGCCAGGAUGUAAAAUAUAUAUCGAAAUAACUAUGAAGUUUGAUGCUGAGAACGUAGUG